AGUACUGUUCUCUCGCUUGAAAUAAAACGGAAGUGGCACUGGGGUUGUAAACAAUAAAGCAGACGGACGGUAUCCAUCUUUUUAGUCUGAGUUUGAAAGGUCGGGAACUAACAACCCAAAAUGGGGUCUGUUCUUGGAUUGUGCUCUAUGGCAAGCUGGAUCCCCUGCCUUUGCGGCAGCGCUCCCUGCCUGCUGUGCAGAUGCUGCCCGAGUGGGAACAACUCGACGGUGACGCGGCUCAUCUACGCCUUCUUCAUGCUGCUGGGCGUGGGGGUAGCCUGUAUAAUGCUCAUGCCAGGGAUGGAGGGGCAACUGAAGAAGAUUCCUGGGUUUUGUGAAGGAGGCUCAGGGUCGUCUAUCCCAGGCGUGCACGGUCAGGUGAACUGCGACAUCCUGGUGGGCUACAAGGCCGUGUACCGCGUGUGCUUCGGCAUGGCCAUGUUCUUCCUGCUCUUCUCCCUCCUCAUGAUCAAGGUCAAGAGCAGCCAGGAUCCCCGAGCUGCUGUCCACAACGGGUUUUGGUUUUUCAAGUUUGCUGCUGCGACUGCCAUUUCUGUUGGUGCAUUCUUCAUUCCAGAGGGGCCCUUUACAACAGUCUGGUUCUACGUGGGCAUGGCCGGUGCCGCCUGCUUCAUCCUGAUCCAGCUGGUGCUGCUCAUCGACUUCGCCCACUCCUGGAACGAGUCCUGGGUGGAGAAGAUGGAGGAAGGGAACUCCCGCUGCUGGUACGCAGCCCUUCUCUCUGCCACGGCCCUCAACUACGUCCUGUCCAUGGUGGCGCUGGUCAUGUUCUACGUCUACUACACCCACUCCGACGGCUGCACCGAGAACAAGGCCUUCAUCAGCAUCAACAUGCUGCUGUGUGUGGGGGCCUCCGUGCUGUCCAUCCUGCCCAAGAUCCAGGAGUCUCAGCCCCGCUCUGGACUGCUGCAGUCCUCCAUCGUGACCCUGUACACCAUGUACCUCACCUGGUCAGCCAUGACUAAUGAGCCUGACAGGAAGUGUAACCCCAGCCUGCUUGGCAUAAUUGGCCUCAACAGCACUACCCCAGCUGUCAAAGGCCAAGCGGUUCAGUGGUGGGAUGCCCAGGGAAUUGUGGGAUUGAUGUUGUUCCUGAUGUGUGUUCUGUACUCCAGCAUCCGAAACUCAUCCAACAGCCAGGUGAACAAGCUGACCCUGACCAACGACGACUCGGCCCUGAUCGAGGACGGGCCCAACCACUCGGAGGACUUUGAGGAGGCGGACAGCGGCAACCGCGCCGUGGACAAUGAGAGGGACGGCGUCACCUACAGCUACUCCUUCUUUCACUUCAUGCUCUUCCUCGCCUCCCUGUACAUCAUGAUGACCCUCACCAACUGGUACAGUCCCGACGCCAGCUACGAGACGAUGACGAGCAAGUGGCCGGCGGUGUGGGUGAAGAUCUCGUCCAGCUGGAUCUGCGUGGGGCUGUACGUGUGGACCCUGGUGGCCCCCAUGGUCCUCACCAACCGCGACUUCGACUGAGCGCGUGCACCGAAGCCCGGAAGCCGAGCGCCCGCCCCCCUUUCCCCCCCUGCUCCCCCUCGUUGUGAAUAACCCGCAGCGUAUGUCGUGACGAGCUUCAUCAUCGCAUUUGUAAAUACUGUACGCGCUAUCCCAGUGGCUGAUUCCUACACAUUUAUUAUUAUUUUUUACUGCAUGUGGAGAUGAGGUGGGUAUUUCUCAUGGAGUGUUGAAACCUGCUGAAAAGAGUGAGACUCACAGGGCUUAAGAGAGUCAUUAGUAGGAGAUGUGUCGUUUAACACCCGACUCGGAGAGGGACUGAACACCGCUCCAGGUGUUGGGCUCCAACAGGAAGCGCCAACUUCUGUACACAAAAAGCAAAUGAGUCAAAUUGCUUGCCGUCUGACACCCUAGAACGUCUGAAAUAUAUACGGUAUUUGUGACAAGCCAAAUGGAAUUAAUUAUAGUAGGUACAUGCUGCUCAUUGCAAGAUUAUUGUAAUCAGUAUGUGCAUUCCUUCCUGAUUUUAUUUGUGCCACUUCCUUUAGCGUGAGCUGUUCUGUGUUGAUAGACAUGUAGCGUAACAUUUGCAUGAUUACCUGCUACCAUCAAAAGCAACCACCCUCUUCUUUGUGGUGUUUAAUUUGCUGUGACUUUCUUUCCUUUAAUGUGUAACAAGAAUCUCAGUAUACAUUGUAAAUGUAAAUCAUUUGAAUUGGGUAUACUUGUAUUAACCCUGUAUGACCAAACCUGCACAAAAAAAGAAAAAAAAAAUUCUAAUUUAUGGCAUUGAUUUCACCAGGCUUUUUUUAUUAGGCCACACAUGUUAGACUUUGCACUGGUUACUUUUAAAGUGUUGCAUCUUUUAAUACUUGUUUUUACUGUAGAAAAUGGCUGAGAAAGGCUUCGUACCAGUGGACCAUUUUCAUUUGUGCAAUGUGUCUUAUCCAGAUGCAGCAGAUACUUGUAUUGUGGUUGCACAAGGCAGUAGAGCUAGCAUUCCUCAAUCAUUUCAAUUUGCCGUAAGUGCAUUGUAAUCUAUCUUCAUUUAAUUUCAAUAAAGGCAGUGUUUCUUCA